GCGGGUUUGAAUAGUUACAGCAACGGAAAUAUUUAGAUUUAUAAAACAGUUUCAUUUUAUGUCAGAAUUAAUUCCGUGAUUUGAAGUACACUUUGAGGGACCUCGAGAGGCGCGGAGCUUGGAGAGAAAACCGGGCUGAGAGGCGCUUUUCUUGGCUUUGUUUGGCGAGGUUGCCGGUAUUGGAGGUGAAGCGACCCCCCCUUUCAGUGUGCAUAGCUUAGUUAGCCGAGUUAGCUUAGCUUAGCCGCCUGCUAAUUUCCCCCUGCGGCUUGGUUUCCAGUCUGAACCCUGAAUAUCUGAGUGUUUCAUGUGGACUGGACUUCUGAAGGGAAACCAUGGGCUUGACCGGGAAGAAAUCGGAGAAAGGCCCAGUAUGCUGGAGGAGGAGAGUGAAGUCCGUGUACAUGCGCUUACGCCAGCUGAAGCGCUUUAGAAGAGCAGACGAAGUGAAGAGCAUGUUCAGCUCCAACAGACAGAAGAUUAUCGAGCGCACCGACAUUCUCAAUCAGGAGUGGAAACUGCGGCGGAUACAGCCAGUCCACAUCAUGACACCCGUGAGCUCGUUACGUGGAACGAGAGAGUGCACCGUAGAUAGUGGCUUUGCGGAAUUUUCCAGACAAGUCAUUCCCCUUAAAACCCUGAAUGCUGUAGCUUCCGUUCCUGUGAUGUAUUCCUGGUCACCGCUCCAACAAAAUUUUAUGGUUGAAGAUGAGACGGUUUUGCACAACAUCCCCUAUAUGGGAGAUGAGAUCCUGGACCAGGAUGGCACUUUUAUUGAAGAGCUCAUCAAGAAUUAUGAUGGCAAAGUUCACGGAGAUAGAGAAUGUGGUUUUAUAAACGAUGAGAUCUUCGUGGAGUUGGUGAAUGCUCUCAAUCAGUAUAGUGACAAUGAAGAUGAUGACGACGAAGAUGACCAACAUGAUUACAAACUAGACAACUGUGACCCAAAGGACAUUGCUGAAGAUUCCCGCAAGGACCAGCUUCUUAACUCUGAAAGUCGGAGCAAUGACUUUCCAAAAAAGUUCCCCUCUGAAAAAAUCUUCGAUGCCAUCUCCUCAAUGUUCCCUGAUAAAGGAUCACCAGAAGAACUCAAAGAAAAGUAUAAGGAGCUGACCGAGCAGCAACUCCCAGGUACCCUUCCUCCUGAGUGCACGCCCAACAUUGACGGCCCAAAUGCCAAAUCCGUCCAGAGAGAGCAGAGUCUGCACUCCUUCCAUACACUCUUCUGUAGACGCUGCUUCAAAUACGACUGUUUCCUUCACCCAUUUCAUGCAACUCCAAACACGUACAAACGCAAGAACUUAGAGAAUAUGGUGGACAGCAAGCCAUGUGGCAUUGAUUGCUACAUGUACGUAAUUCAGGAUAGCAUGGUAAAGGAAUAUGCAGCUGGUGUGGUGGCCGAGCGAGCAAAAACCCCGCUGAAGCGCUCAACAGCCAGGCGCCGAGGUAGAAUUGCCAACAGCAGCAGCAGGCCAAGUACACCCACCGUGAACACGGAAACUAAAGACACGGACAGCGACCGGGAAGGAGGAACAGACACCAACGACAGCAACGACAAAGACGAUGAGGACAAGAAGGACGAGACCACUAGCUCUUCAGAGGCGAAUUCCCGUUGCCAGACUCCAGUAAAACUGAAGAUCCCAGAACCUCCUGAAAACGUAGACUGGAGUGGAGCGGAGGCGUCUCUCUUCCGUGUACUCAUUGGCACUUACUACGACAACUUCUGUGCUAUCGCUCGCCUAAUCGGCUCUAAGACCUGCAGACAGGUAUACGAAUUCAGGGUAAAGGAAUCCAGCAUCAUUGCACCCGUACCUGCUGAAGAUGAAGACACACCUCCAAGAAAGAAGAAAAGGAAACACAGGUUGUGGGCCACACACUGUCGAAAAAUUCAACUAAAGAAAGAUGGCUCAUCCAAUCAUGUCUACAACUACCAGCCGUGUGACCACCCGAGGCAGCCAUGUGACAGCUCCUGCCCAUGUGUCACUGCUCAAAACUUCUGUGAGAAGUUCUGCCAGUGCAGCUCAGAGUGCCAGAACCGUUUUCCAGGCUGCCGCUGCAAAGCUCAGUGUAACACAAAGCAGUGUCCAUGUUACCUGGCUGUGCGCGAGUGCGACCCCGACCUCUGUCUCACCUGCGGAGCUGCUGAUCACUGGGACAGCAAAAAUGUCUCGUGCAAGAACUGCAGCAUUCAGAGAGGAGCAAAGAAGCACCUACUGUUGGCACCAUCUGACGUGGCAGGAUGGGGCAUCUUCAUCAAAGAGCCGGUUCAGAAAAACGAGUUCAUUUCAGAGUACUGUGGAGAGAUCAUCUCCCAGGAUGAGGCCGACCGCAGAGGAAAGGUCUAUGACAAAUACAUGUGUAGUUUCUUGUUCAAUCUCAACAACGAUUUCGUUGUUGAUGCUACGAGGAAAGGCAACAAGAUCAGGUUUGCCAAUCACUCUGUCAACCCCAACUGCUAUGCAAAAGUUAUGAUGGUUAAUGGGGAUCACCGAAUAGGUAUUUUUGCCAAGAGAGCCAUACAAACCGGGGAGGAGCUUUUCUUUGACUACAGAUAUAGUCAAGCCGACGCUCUCAAGUACGUGGGCAUCGAACGUGAAAUGGAAAUUUCAUGAAUCUGUCUACCUCUGGAACAAAUGCCUUACACUCUUCAGGAAUUUUCUCUCCACAUGCCGUUUCAAUACCUUUCAAUACUGUUUUUUUUUUUUUUUAAUAGGACAAGGUGGUCUGCCUACUCGGAUAUUUUUAGUAAUUUUUUUUUCUGUCCUUUUUUUUUUCUUGACCAACAGACUUACUCUGGGAAUUCACUUUUUUGACAGCAACUUGAAUAUUCACUUGUUUACAGCUUCAAGUUUAGUAGAAAUCCGUCACUGUCUAACAGGCUAUUUGUUUUCCAGUGUUCCAAUUUUUUAUUUUUUAUCAUAUAGGUUUUUUUUUUAAUGCAAGCAGUUGAUGUCUUUCAACCUUUGGACCAAACUGACAGUUCAGCACCAGUUUAUUAGGUACUCGAUCCGCAUAUAGGCUGAUUCAUACUGGAACAAAGUGCACAAAUAAUUGAAAAAGAGACAGCAAAUUGUUGCAUUUGAUUGAGAUAUUUUGCUCUUUAUCCUGUAUUUUUUACAUUUGAUGACAAUACUAUGCUGAAAUUUCUCUCUUUGCCACACGUAUUUCAGUUCAAGGCCUUGAUUAGCUUUUAGAAUAUUCACUACUACUACUACUACUUUUGCUUAGAUACUGUUAUAGGACAACAAUCAAUUUUGCGGGUAUGGGUCACAGUGCUGUCUGUUGCUACCCCGAAGUUUAAUAUUUUCCCAUAGCAGCAUGCCACCUAGUCUUUUAAUUCUCUAAUACCACUUCAGUUGGCUAGUGCAUCGCAUUUCUUAAAUAUUUAUUUGCACUGCAUUUUACCAUUUGCAAUCACAAGUUGUAUGUUAUGAACUCAAAUAACAUUCCUAAUAUUAUUUGUUAAAGCAGUUUUAUUAACUGCUAAACUGCUGUUAGGUAAUAAAACACAAAGACAGCUAGUCGUUCCCGAGAAAUCGGACUCCAUAAAUGUCACAUUAAUGUUUCCUUAGGUAAAAGAUUAUGUAUAGUUUAUAAAUUUAUUAAUUGAUUUAAUACUAGCGUUGAUUAUAUGGAAAGCUCAACACCAGUCCUUAAAAUUAGUUAUUACUAGAGAAAUUGAAGUGCAGAUAUGCACACCUGGAUUUUAUAUUACAGCUGAUACGACUAUCAGCGCACCUGUUAUAAAAAUGUAACAAACCCGCAUUAGAUUAGAAAACUCAAUAGCACUGUGGUACAAAUGUGUUAAACGUCAUAAAACCUCUGCUAACCCCCCCAAUCCUUUGCUCUGCUUUGCUUCUGAUUUGGCAUUUUGUCUCAAUACAGAUUCACACAUUUAGUAGUCGACUACAUGCACCUUGCCGUAUCAGUAUAAAUCAGCCCUGCCUAAUAAAUCCGAUUCUCAAUAUGUUCCAAACAGUUUAUCAAGUUGAGGCGUUGUUAUGAACCAAAGUCAUUUUCUCUUUUUUUCUUGUCAUCACAAGCAUCUACAGAGGUAUCGUAUACAUCCUGGAGUGCCAACACAUCCAGUUUCUGUAAAAUAAUUGAAAAAAGUGAUUAUUUAAAAAAGGAAAAAAAAAAGGACAAAAACAUGGAUAGAUACAGUAUCUAACUUGCGGUGCCUUGAAAUUACACUGAAUUGUUUAGGUGUUCUGAAAUGUUGGUGAUUGUGUAUUGAGUUUGUUGUAUGCAUGAACAAAGAUUUCCAAUGGAGUAGAAAUCAGAAUCAGGGAACUUUUCGAUGUUUGUUUUUGUUCUUUUUGAAACUCUCCACAUCUUUUGAGCAGCUUUUUGCCAGACCAUCACUGUAGGAAUGAAAAGUUCAGACAGUCAGUAAGGUC